CAACGCUUCCGAUGCUCACCGCGUAAUGUCAGUAAUGAGCUGCAUUUGGUGCACAAGUGAUGCUCUCAGCAUGCCUAGCGUUGGGGAGACGCAACCUCGCGUGGAGAUCGCGAGAAUACAUACGCUGCAUCGCGACGCCUUCUAGCGCAGACACCGAACACACUCGAGAACAGCUUCGCCAGCUGUUGAGGGAAACGGCGCAGUCCGUGACUGUAGUCACGACGCUCGUGCCGUCUGAUCCACCCGUGGACACGGAUAAAAACGAGUGUAGAAAAUUCCAUGACGGCACAGGGGGAGUAUACCAUGGUGCAACGCUAUCCUCGUUCACUUCGAUCGCGUUCGACCCCCUCCCGCUCGUCGCAUUCUCCCUGCGCAUACCCUCCCGCAUGGCAACCGCCCUAAACACACACGUACGCGACGUAUCCGAUACCAACGCUUCCCACAUGGUUAUAAACAUCCUCUCAGCCGCACAACCCCACCUCGCUGUCAAAUUCUCGAGACCGGACCUCCACCCGCGACCGCUAGAGGACCCGGACGUACAGUGGACCAAGUCUGAGGAGGGGUUUCCGAUCCUAUCUGGUGCACUGGGCGCACUGUCGUGCACGUUGAUAUCUCGCUCGCUGCCAUUGGGAGACUUGCGUUGGGUGCCAGGACGUCACCCUUCGGAACAAGUUGAGGGGUAUGGUGGUUUUACUUCAGAGCUGUUCAUUGCGCGGGUAUCGCGUGUCGAACGUGUUCCAUGGGUAGAAGAACAGACGGGGGAAAAUGACAGGUUACGGACGUUGCCUCUUCUCUACCAUCGGCGCAAGUACGCUACUGUCUGUGACAUACCACCCAAGUCGUAGCAGCAGUUGCAGAAAUCAUACCCUCGUACUAAGAAAUGCACGGAUUUCUGGUGGUAGUAGAUACAUCUAUUGUUGAGUUUACAUACAUACAGUAAGA